UGUUUCAAAAUAUUUUAGAAACUUCAUUUUAUUUUUAGGAAAAAUAACAAUAGCACCUGCUCUGUUCGAGCCGAAGUUAAUAUAGUCCCUGUUCAAAAACGAUGGAGACGAACGAGUUUAUCGCGAAAUUGAAAGCCAAUGGCUCGGAGAAAGACUGGUUCGACUUGACCAAUUGUAUUGACCGCUACAAGGAAAUUAUCGAGAGUUUAAGCGCUAAGGACAAAGGCUUGUUCUCUUUGAACGUGCUGUGUAUACUUAUCAGAAACUUAGACACUGUCCCUUCAUGGACUCAUAAAAUCAGCACAAAGGAGCUGCUAGCUCUGAGUAUAGAGUGUGUGAGACAAACUCGUAGUCUAGACAAGCCUGAGCAAGUUAAAACUCUUGGCUGCGUCUUCCGUUUACAUAAGCACGCUAUAACGAUGAACUCUUCAACACCACCAGAAUUAGUCUUAAAACUAUCAUUCAUGGCAUUUGAAUACGAUGAUGCUUCACUGCUACAAGAGUAUUACAAGACAUACGGACAUAUCAUUAUAGAUAGAAUAACAUAUAUAGGAAAACUGAAGCCUACAAAACUUCCAAUACUAAAGCUACUGCCAAAACUUGCAGAGGAUAUAACAAAAACCAUUAAAAUAUAUGACACUGUACAUUUCUGUACUAAUAUGUUAACAUUUGUCGUGAAAAAAUUAUGUUAUAUUUACAGCGAAUCACCCAAGGAAAUAAACGAAUUACUUGGAAAGAUAUUCGACUGUAUAUCAAAGAAUGAUUUGAAAGGAUGCAAAAAUCUUUCUGAGAAAGAUGCAUUUGAUUUAUAUGUCAAACUUAACGAAUGCCUGAUCACGAUCACGGAAAAUUCUUUAAAAAUCAACUUUCAUAAUUCAGUUUUAGAUUCAAUGACAAGAGUGUGUGUUUCUCUACUGGGUCAUAUACCUGAUAUGUUCCACUGUUUUCAAACUAUCUUCUUGAACUCCUUCUGCUGUAUCUUUAAUGAUAGAACCAAUCCUAUACUAAUAGAUAAUCUAUUAAAGAACGCACAAACUUCAUGUGAAAUGACAGAGAAACUGGGUUAUAAAACCAUAAUAUAUGCCACAUAUCCAUUUAUAGGUCAACUUUUACGACUUUAUAUAGAACAUAAUGUGAAUAUUGUUGAUAAAAUAGACAGAUCUGAUUAUCUUAACGAACCAAUACAGGAGAAUUGUCUUAAACUAGUAAAGUUUUUAAUAGAGAAGUUAAAGAAUACUAAACAGCUAACUAAAUGUGAUAACUGCACAGUGAAAACUGGUUUACAUGAUGCGCUUCGUUUAUCGUUUACCGUUAAACAUUUAAUAACUGUAUCAACAAAUAAAGGUAUUGAGUUAAAAAAUAAUUUACUGGUGUACUUCACUAUAGUUGAACAACAGUAUUUGAUACUUGAAGAAUUGAAUACAUUGAGGUGUCCAAACCAGGAGCGUUGUUUCAGAAAACUACAAAUUGAUGUUCACAAUAUAGCUGUGCUUUUAAACAAAUACAAAUACUAUGAAUACUCUAUCAAACUGUUCGAGAUUUACCUUAAAUAUGAAUUGAAACAUUUAAAAAAUGAUGCAGAACUAAAGAAUGUGAGUCGUGCUUUAUACAAUAAAAGUAUAUGUGAGUUGGACGCUAAACUCUAUAAGGACUCGUUACUAAAUGCAUAUCUUAGUCUGGUAUUUUCGUUGCCAGAAGGAUUGAAAUCAGAGAAAUAUAUGAGUCUCGUGAUUGAUGUAAAAGCAAAGGCACUGAAAAGUGUAACGGAGGAUGUGUCAGAUGAAAUUAACGAAUUACAAUCAAUGUCGAUUUUAGAAGCUUGUGAUGUGCUGUACAGCGACAAUACGUAUGGGAAUUUAAAGCUGUUUUUGAAGAAUCAUAAAUUCAGUGCACUGUUAAAACACGAAUACUCCAUGUAUAUUAAGUUAUGGGCGUCAACAGUUCCCAUUGCUGGUGUAUGGAGCAGCCUGGUCGACUUAACGAUGAAUAAACCUCGUUGGGUAGCAGCCGAAGACAAAAAUACUGUACUAUGGACGUUAUACGGAGUGGUUCUGGAGACACCUAACGUCGUGAGGAACAUACAUGACGAUCGAUACAAAGCAGUUGUCCUGGAACUCGUCAAAAAUUUCCAGAAUGCCCUUGAAAUGUCACUCCAGGAAAAAAUAAUAUAUGCCACAAUAUUGCUGUUGAAAUCCGAGUAUGAUAUGGCCGAAGCGAGUCAGAAUUGCGGCUGGAAGGUCACGGAGCAUACCACAGAUCCCGACCAGGAUCGAACAGUUCGGACGAUGCAGCAGGAAUACGAAGCCAUAGGCUCAGCGCUACAAGCGGUUCAGUUGUACAGCGACGUGGUGCGGGGAUUCGAAACCGGGGCCCUGUCCAACGCAACUCUGCAGCGCAUAACACAGAUUGCCUGUGUGUCUGUGCAACAGCUGUUACACUUGCACAUGUUCGCAUUUGCUCUGCAACUGGCUUACGUGGGAUGCUGUUUCGCCGAGCACGCCGGGGAUAAAGAAUCCUAUAUACUCCACGCGAGCACAUUGAUCUACCACAGUGUAAAAAACAAGCAAGUCGAUGCCAUUAUAACGCGCGCAAUGAGGUUCGCGAACGAGCUUAUGACAAGCGAGAAGAAUGUUGAGGCGUCGCUUUGCUUACUCUGUGAUGUUGCGAUAUACUACAUAAAGAGUGAAUGUUUUUAUAUUGCGGGAAAGUUAAUAGAAACAGUGCAGCACAAACUGCUUUCCCAUUACGAGAAACAAUGUGACGUCAAUUUGGAACUGUCCCUGGGUCGCCUGCUCGAGGCUCAGGCGAUGCUCUGCCCCGGCUCAGGCCUGAGCAUGCUCAGCGCUGUCAACGGAGUACACAGACACUUCCUAGCUGCGCGGAACACUGCCGCACACUGGACCCAUCGCCGCACCACCUCGCUGUACAUAAAGAACGGUAUAUCGACGCACGGCUGCGCGUGCGCACGCGCCGCGAGGCGACUGGCGCUGUGGCGGCGCGCGAACUGUGCGGCCGCCGCCACCCUGCCACCCGCGUCCGCCACCACCCGCGCCCGGGUGCACGCCGACAUCAUCAACACCCACGACGUGGACGCACAGGGUAAAAUAUCUUUACGUCUGAAGUCGAUACUGAAAUCCAACGAGCCGUCCGAAUCGAAUGACCUUCAAACCGAGACCACAGUAAAAAAACUGGAGCAUUUCACUCCAGCGCAGGACGGUGUAGAAAUUAUGUUAGACUGCAUGUUCAAGAAAACUCAGUGCAGUCCUUCCUUAUCGUCUGGUUUCUGCUCGGUACCAGCAUUCCAAAUACCAGAUUUCCUCCAACAUGCGAAAACGUGCUCAUGCCACGCAUGCGUGUUGCCAGCAUGCUCGAUAUUAGCAUGCCAAGUUGGCUACUUGGAAGCGUCCACGUAUUUCCGAGCGAAGGAAACGGAAAUAGCCGAAAACUAUUUCGAAGGUGCCCGCAAAACUUUUGUUCUCGCCGAAGAGAAACUGAAAAAUAUCUUCAAUGGUUACAAAAUUCUGAAAUUUAAUAAUCUUGCCGUAGACAUUGCAAGGGGAAUGGUUGAAAAUGAAUUUAGAACGAUCCAAUUGGAGUUUCUAAUUGAGCAAUCACUUUAUGAGUUGGCGCGUAACGAAUUUGCAAAAUCCGAUGAUCAUGUCGUAUCUAUACAUGAGAUUUUGGCUGAAUUCAAAAACGUUGAUAGACAUUUAAGAAAUGAAGUGUCAAAUUUGAUGGUAGCGUCAGCUAAUUUGAGGAAAACUAGGAUUGUCAAAGAAACUGGUCUCGAAAUUGAUAUGGAAGAGCUCAAAUUGAGUCCGGACAAGUUGAAAACGCCGGAAAGUAAAGUAAUGCCGAAGAUAUGUAACACGAUCAAAGUUGUCAAAACUGAAGAACUACCAGAAAAGUUCAAAUUGCUCAAAGUCAAUUUGGACUUUGAUGAAAUCGGCGAAAAGGAAGAUAAAAUUGAAGAAAAUGAUACCGAGAUAAAGAAACCGAAAACUAAACAGUCGAAGUUCAAAGUUCCGGAACCGGUGACAUCCAAGCCGAUGCUAGAGAAUUUCACACCGAGACCAAGCCGGGCGAAACCCAAAAUAAUAUUUACACAAGCAGAUAAUACAGAUACUGAUAUAUCUACAACUAUAAGUACACCGCAAAAUGCGUCAAAUUUGGAAUUCUUCACGCCGUGCCCAACUACGCCUGCAGAAUUUUUCACACCGAUGUCCACGAUAAGAACGUAUACAAAAAAGCGUACUAUAGUUGCGAAAAAUUUGGAAACUGAAUUCCUAACACCCAAAGGUAAAGAGGAAUCGAGCAAAGUCAAAAUCAAGGAAAAUUGUAGAACAGUUAAUGAGAACUCCAGACCUGCUAAAGAUUUGAGACUGGCCAGAGAAGUUUUUAAAACAACAAAAGAUUCAAGGUCUGCUAAAGAAGAUUUACGACCUGCUGCAGAAGAAUUCAUUAAUUCCAAAGAUUUGAGACAUGUUAAAGAAGAUUUAAGAUCUGGUAAAGCGGAUUUGAAACUUGGUAAAGAAGGUGUGAAGGUUGAGAAAGACUUAGGGAGAAGAACCAGGUCCAAAGUUGAGACUGGAACUGUAAAAGGGCUUAAUGAUAAAAGGACUAUUAAAAGGGUUACCAGUCCAGGCAAAGUGCUUGAAGAAAACACUCCAGUUUCUCGUACUAGAAGGGUGAAACGACCUGGCUUUGACGAGAAAUAGGUUUAAGAAAUGAUAAGUGUUUUUAAUCAUACAUUCUGUAAUUUUUAUAUAGUCCAAUUUUUAUUUUAUAAAAUACAUAUGUAAUAUAAGUCAAUUUCCAAAAAUAAAAAAGGUG